ACUGUUUCAGAUCCAGCAGAGAUGGCGCAGAAAGCACUCGACACAGAAGCCUUUUCCUGCUCCGUGUGUUUGGAUCUACUGAAGGAUCCUGUGACUAUUCCCUGUGGACACAGCUACUGCAGGAACUGUGUCCAACAGCACUGGGACCAAGAGGACGAGAAGCAGCUCUACAGCUGUCCUGAAUGUCGCCUCAGCUUCAGCCCCAGGCCUGCCCUGGUCAAACACAUCCUGUUAGCAGGUUUAGUAGAACAGAUGAGGAAGUCUGGGCUCACAGUGCCCCCUGCUGACCACUGCUAUGCCGGACCUGAGGAUGUGUCCUGUGAUGUGUGCACUGGGAGGAAGCUGAGAGCUGUCCAGUCCUGUCUGCAGUGUGUGGCCUCUUACUGUGAGCGCCACCUACAGCCUCAUCAUGAAGCAGCAGCUUUUAAGAAACACCAGCUGGUGGCGCCGUCACACACACUCCUAAAAAACAUCUGCUCUCAACACGACGAAGUGAAGAAGAUGUUCUGCCGCACUGAACAGCAGAGCAUCUGCUACGUCUGCUCUGUGGACCAGCACAAGGGCCACGACAUAGUGUCCUCUGCCUCAGAGAGGGCUCAGAGGCAGGCAGAGCUGCCGGCCAGGAGGGCCCUGCUGCUCCAGAGCCUCCAGCACAAAGAGACAGACCUCCAGAGGCUCCAACAGGAGGCCAAGAAGAUUAGCCGCUCUGCCCAGACAGCACUGCAGCACAACCAGGACAGCUUCAGAGACAUGGUCCUUCUCCUGGAGAAAAGACGCUCUGAAGUGGAGCAGCAGAUCCGCUCCCAGGAGCAGACCCAGCUGAGCCGAGUCCAAGAGCUCCAGGACCAAGUGCAGCAGGACGUGAGUGAGCUGAAGAGGAGCCUCUCUGAGCUGGACACACUGACCCUCACCCAGGAUCAUAACCAGUUUCUACAGCUCUACACUUCACUGUCCACAGACACACAGAGCACAGAGCCAGUCAGGAUUCAAACAGGGCCUCAGAGAAACUUUGAGGAUGUGACCAGAGCUGUGUCAGCGCUCAGGGACAAAGUCCAGCUCACUCUGGAGGAGGGUCUGACCAACGUCUCACUGGCUCUGAGUCCAGUCCAUGUUUCACUGUCACCAGCAGAACCCAGCUCCAGAGAGGACUUCUUACAAUACUCUACAGAAAUCACUCUGGAUCCAAACACAGCGCACACCAGACUGUCUGUGAUUGAUGGAGACAGAAGAGCAGUUGUUAUGAGUGAAGUCCAAAAGUAUCCUGAUCAUCCAGACAGAUUCAGUGACUGGCGUCAGGUCCUGAGUAGAGAGGGUCUGAUGGGACGUUGUUACUGGGAGGUGGAGUGGAUCGAUCAGUACGUCUCUGUAGCAGUUUCAUACAAGGAUAUUCAGAGAAAAGGAUUCUAUAAUGAUGAUUUAUUUGGAGGCAAUGAUAAAUCCUGGGCCUUAGAGUGUAACAAAACAAUGUAUUCAUAUGGAUUCAAAGCAGCCUUUUAUAAAAUCUUCGGUCCGACCUCAUACAGAAUCGGGGUUUACCUGGACCACAGUGCAGGGGUUCUGUCGUUUUACAGCGUCUCUGAAAAUACCAUGAGGCUCAUCCACAGAGUCAAGACCAGGUUCACUCAGCCUCUCUAUGCUGGGCUGGGUUUUGAAAGGAAUGCUUUUAAAGACACUGCACAUUUCCCUCAACUCAAAUAGCAGCUUCUUUCUUUGUUUGAGAUCAAAUUUGUGGCUUUGGUUUUAAAUAAUUAGUUAAAUUCUAGACAAUUCUUUAUGAGGGUCGACUAAAAAUAGGACCUAGACACUAAUCUAUUCUAAAACUAGAAUCAAAACUACAUUCUAAAUUGAAAAAAAAAAGAGUAAAUAUGCUUUACCUUUGCUGAAUAUGUAUAGUUUUAUUCUUGGCCUGUAUCAGAAGUCGUCUAAUUGUACAUGGGAAUACUAGAAUUUGAAUUAGAAACUAGAAAGUUAUUGUUAUUUUGUGUUGAAAAUGUGAUUCUAUUGGCUACAGUGUUUUUAUCAUUGCUGUCAAAUCAAAAUCAGUUUGGAUUUUUUAGAAUUGAUAUAUAUAAAUGUUGUUUCAGCUGCACGAUUGUAAUUCAUUUGUCAUAAAUGAGAUAAAAGAUGAAAUGUGAGAAAGUAGAUUUUAGCUUUAGAUGUUCAAUAUGUUGUUUUUUUUUAUUGAGUUUUAAAGGUGCACUAUGUAACUUUUCUGGUGGAUGGUCUGCUGCCUUGUCCUCGUGGAGAUGUCACUGCUUUGUCUGGAAUGUUCCACAGUAUGGCAUUAAACUGAUCUAUCUGUUCAAAAUACCUUGAAAAACAUGUGUUCCUGUUGUAAGCCUGCUCGCCUCUCCAUAGUUCUGACCUUUAACUUGACUUUGAAGCAUCACCUGUUUGUCUCAGUGGAGAUAGAUAAGUUUAAUGCCACACUGUGGAACAUAUAGGCAAAGGAAUAACAUCUCCAUGGAGACAGGAAGGUGAUAAUUGUAAAAGUUUGUCAGGGUCACAUAAUGGAGAACACUGGUAAUACAAUGGUGAAGACAUCACACUCUUUAAAUCAGCAAUAAACUCAUGAAUCUGUUUGUUUUCAUGUG